CAGCAAUUCAGGUUACCACGGCGGCGCCACCACACCAGAGGCCUAUUAUGGCUUCGUUGAUCCGCAGAGCCGCUUCAAGCCUCUGCUCCAACUCCAAUAAUCGUCACUUCUUUGCGCCUGCGGCAAUUCGCAUGGAGGACACCGGUUUAUAUGGAUGCAAUCAUUUAAAAACCCCUAAAGGAUUUCAGCGUAUUGUAGAUGAAGCCAUUGAAAGGUCUAAUGAACUCGUUGGCUACAUUUCUCGAAUGCCGUCGUCUGCUGAAAUCAUUAACGCCAUGGAUGAAAUAUCAAACACAGUAUGUCAAGUUGUGGAUUCUGCUGAACUUUGUAGGCAUACACAUCCAGACAGGGAAUUUGUUGACGAAGCAGUGAAGGCAUCAAUGAGGAUUAACGAAUAUCUACAUUAUCUCAAUACAAAUCUUACUCUAUAUGAUGCGGUGCUAAAAGCAGACCAGGACCCUACUUUAACAAGUGAAGAAGCAAAAAGAGUUGCUCAUGAUCUGCGCAUUGAUUUUGAGAAGGGUGGAAUUCAUCUAUGUGCAGAAAAGAAAGAUCGAGUGAGUCAGCUAAAUGUUGAAAUCGCAAAAUGCUGUGCACAGUACAAUGAAAAUAUAGCAAAGGAGCCUGGGCAUGUUGAUGUAUAUCCAGCCUCAUGUAUUCCAAAGAACUUGCACCAUCUUGUUAAGCCUGUUAAUCGUUCCAGUUCAGCAGGUUCAAGAGUCAACUUCAGAGACAAAGGGUUCCGAAUAGUAACAGAACCAAGCACUGUGUCUGCUGUUUUGCAAUGGACAUCUGAUGAUGAGGCUAGGAAAAUGACAUAUAUUCAGAGCAAUUCCGUACCACAUGCAAAUCUUGGUGUUCUUGAUAACCUAAUUGCUGCACGUCAUGAAAUUGCUCAGAUAAUGGGGUAUAAAUCAUAUGCUGGCUAUGCUUUGCAUUCAAAUAUGGCUUCAUCACCAGAUGUUGUAUCAUCCUUUUUAGUUGAGCUGAGUAAAAAUGUACAGCCCAAGGCAGUUGAGGAGUUUAAGUCAAUCCGUGACUUCAAAAGAGGAAAAAGUGGCCAACAUGAUAUAGAAUUAGAGCCAUGGGAUGAAGCAUAUUUCACAAGGUCAAUGAAAUCAUCUGCUUACAACUUAGACUUCUCGGUUGUGGCUUCAUAUUUUUCUCUGUCACAAUGUAUUGAGGGUCUUAAACUUCUGGUUGAGUCCUUGUUCGGUGUGAAAUUUCUUAACAUUCCCCUUACACCUGGUGAAUCAUGGCACCCAGAUGUGAUGAAGAUGGCUCUUCAUCAUCCUGAUGAGGGAGAUUUGGGGUAUAUAUACCUUGAUCUAAAUUCUAGAAGGGGAAAAUAUCCUGGUUGCGCUCAUUUUGCCAUCAGGGGAGGGCGCAGGCUUUCCAAAACAGAAUACCAGCUGCCAAUCAUAGCCCUCGUUUGCAACUUUUCAAAGCCACACAAUUCAGCAACUGUGAGGCUUAACCACUCAGACGUAGAUACACUUUUCCAUGAAUUUGGACAUGCUCUUCAUUCAUUGCUUUCACGAACGGAUCAUCAACAUUUUUCAGGUACCAGAGUGGCUUUUGAUAUGGCUGAAACUCCUUCAAACCUUUUUGAGUACUAUGCAUGGGAUUAUCGAGUCCUGAAGAAAUUUGCCAGGCAUUACUCUACUGGUGAUAUCAUUCCUGAGAAACUUGUUGAAUCAAUGCAAGGAGCCAGAAAGAUGUUCUCAGCAAUGGAAUUGCAGCAGCAGAUAUUUUAUGCAUUAGCCGACCAAGCACUAUAUGGUGAUCAGACGUAUUCACCAAUUGAUACCACCUCAAUUGUUGCGGAUUUGAGGGAACAGCAUACCAAUUGGAAACACGUCGAGGGUACACAUUGGCAAACCCGAUUCAGUCACCUACUAUAUUACGGUGCAGGUUAUUAUAGCUACUUGUAUGCCAAGUGCUUUGCGUCAACCAUCUGGGAAAGAGUAUGCAAAGACGACCCACUAUCAUUAGAGACAGGUAGUGCUAUUAGAACGAAAUUGCUGCAGCAUGGGGGAGCCAAAGAUCCUGCACAGUUGCUCAAUGAUCUUGCUGGAGAUGGAAUUAUAAGGUAUCAGAAUGGAGGCAUAGUUCCGGACAUUACAAGCCUUUGUAAUGAAAUGAAUUUGAGGAAGCGAUAGGAAACAUGUAAGAAAAAGAAUCAUCAUACAAAUACAAGCAGUUGAAGUAAGAGGGGCUGGCACUGGCAGAGUGCAAACAGCGAUGUUAAAAUACCGUUCUGCCCCUUUCCCCCCUCUCAUUUUCUUUUUGCCAGAAUAGAGCUGGCAAGAAAAGCGGGUCAGGUUCCAGAACCAGCUUCCCCUUUUCAUCUGUAGUUUAAAUUAUGUUUAUUGUAACAGUUAAUAAGACAGAUGGUUGUCUGUUAUGUUGUGUAAUUGCUACA